GAUGGGCGGGCGCGCGGAGGUUAAAGUGAAAAUACCUUUUGGAAACAAAUACCUUGAUGCUAUUUUUUCUGUCCCAGAGAAGAAACCAACAUAUGGAGUGAUUCUUACUCAUGGAGCUGGAGGAGACAUGAAUUUCCCUCACUUGGUGUCCUUGGCAGCCUAUCUUGCAUCCCAUGGAGUUCUGUGCCUGCGGUUUACUUGUAAAGGCCUUAAUGUUGCCUACAGGACUAAGGCUUUCAAAGCAGUUGUGGAAUACUUAAAACUUUGUGAUGAUUAUAAACUUUCUGGUGUUUUCCUUGCAGGCCGUUCCAUGGGCUCACGAGCUGCUGCCUCUGUGAUACGUCAGCUGAGCCAGGGUGGUGAUGAUGAUGAUGAUGGCUUCAUUCAAGGUCUCGUGUGUUUAUCUUACCCAUUGCAUCGACCAAAACUGCAGUCCAAGCUCCGGGAUGAGGAUUUGUUACUGAUCACAUGUCCAGUGCUGUUUGUCUCGGGAUCAGCAGAUGAGAUGUGUGAAAAACAAUUGCUAGAAGGUGUGGUGAGCAAAAUGAAAGGCCCUAAAAAAAUCCAUUGGAUUGAUAAAGCAAACCAUGGGAUGGCAGUCAAAGGACGAACAGCAGAUGAUGUCAUGGAAGAAGUAAAUGCACAAGUUUUUUCUUGGCUUAGAGAGAAUGUUCAACUGCAGCAAAAAUAAUUUGCAGUGUUCAAGCAGUAUCUUCAUUUAGUUUUUCCUAAAUGUGGCAAAUAAGGGGUUUGUUAUUUUUUAGAGGCAUAUUUUUUAAAAAACUUAUGUUUUCAGAGGUCUAAGUGUAAAUGCAAAUAAAGCUUUGUAUGAAUGAAAAAAAAAUGCAAAAUAAUAAAGAACUUCCAGAAGUACAGAAAAUAUAUCA